CAAAAACACAAGAUCACUCUUCUGCGUCGGGGUCUGUCACAUUUCGCUCUUGAUGUUGAGAACCGCUCUUCAACGAUUUCGGGACAUAUGGAAAUCGUACAGACACCGAUUUGUGCCCUGGGUUGUACUGAACUUGUCUAAAAAUGAGAACACUUUGCGGCAGGUGACGGAGCACUGUAAAGACAAAGUAGUCCCGGAUGAGGAGGUUUCACAGAGCCUGCUGAAGCUCUUCAGACUUUUGCCCACAAGUCAUGGCGCUCAUCAGGGGGAUCUCCGGGCAUUUCAAACUCAUUUUCUCACAAAGGUAAAACGUGAAGAAUACCACCAAUAUGGCGGAAAUCCAAUGUGUGGACGUGAUGCCAUGUUACACUCUCUGGGAUUCUACAUUGAACGGCAGCCAAGCACUUUGCCCUUUGCUGGAACGGGCGUGUUUGUCGCCAAAGGCUUGGUACCCAAAGGAGCCACAGUUGCCAUGUACCCUGGCACAGUUUAUCAAGCCCAUGAGCCAAUACUCCUCCAGUCUAUCAGAAACUCGUUUGUGUUCAGGUGUAUCGAUGGUGUCUUGGUUGAUGGAAAUGACAAGGGAAUCUCCAAAAUGGUGUUCAAGUCAUGCAGUGGCAGGGACAGAAUGGGACCCUUCUUGAUGAGUGACAGCAGUUGGCUAACAGCCACUCCGGAAAACCCACUUGCCGUGGGUCAGUAUGUGAACAACUGCUCGAAUGAUUGUCCUGCAAACGUGUGUUACCAGGAGUAUGAUGUGCCUGACAAGUUCCCUAUUGAAUUCUACCAAUUUCUUCCUAAUAUCAACUACAGCCAGGACUCACGGAGGCCUCUGCGCUGUGUUGUCCUUGUGUCACUCAGAGACAUUACUGCAGGGGAGGAACUCCUCUCCAACUACUACACUAUUGUGCAUUAGAAUCAAGAUACUCCCCCUGUUGUGUGCAUUCAACUAUUUGUUCAAAAGCAUUCUUUUGUACACUCAACAAUAUAAAGUGAAGAAUAAAGGCAAAACAAAUGUC